CGCCUCCCGGGGUGUCCCUCCCGGGCGCCUCGGUGUUGGCUCCAUUCAGUGGCGGGUUUUGCGGUGGACGCAGCUCUGACGGGCGGGCGCUGCUCUCGCUCAGUAGGAACAGGUCGUCGGCCGGCAUCGCUCAGCGGGUAGCAGCCGCAGGAGGAGGUGCUGCGGAGGAGCGAGGAUGCUGUCCCGACUGCGCGCGGCCUGGGCGCCCUGCGCGGCGGCGCGGCGCGGCCUGCACACCAAGGAGAAGGGCAAGCCGCUCAUGCUGAACCCGCGCACCAACAAGGGCAUGGCCUUCACCUUACACGAGCGACAAAUGCUUGGGCUGCAGGGACUCCUACCUCCCAAGAUAGAGACACAAGACAUCCAAGCCUUACGCUUCCACAAGAAUUUGGCAAAAAUGACUGACCCCUUGGAGAAGUACAUCUACAUCAUGGGGAUCCAGGAGAGAAAUGAGAAGCUGUUCUACAGGGUGCUGCAGGACGAUAUUGAGCGCCUAAUGCCCAUUGUGUACACUCCAACCGUGGGCCUGGCCUGCUCCCAGUACGGACACAUCUUCAGGAGACCAAAGGGAUUAUUUAUUUCCAUCUCAGACAGAGGCCACAUAAGGUCAAUUGUGAACAACUGGCCAGAGAACGACGUUAAGGCUGUUGUCGUCACUGAUGGAGAAAGAAUAUUGGGUCUUGGAGACCUGGGGGUGUACGGGAUGGGAAUUCCAGUGGGAAAGCUGUGUUUGUACACAGCCUGUGCAGGGAUACACCCAGAUAAGUGCCUGCCUGUGUGCAUCGACGUGGGGACUGAUAACACAACACUCCUGAAGGAUCCCUUCUACAUGGGGCUGUACCAGAAGAGGGAUCGCUCGCAGGUCUACGACGACCUGAUCGAUGAGUUCAUGGAAGCCAUCACUGACAGGUAUGGCCAGAACACGCUCAUCCAGUUUGAAGACUUUGGAAACCACAAUGCUUUCCGGUUCCUGAGGAAGUACAGAGAGAAGUACUGUACCUUCAAUGACGACAUCCAAGGGACAGCCUCGGUGGCCUUGGCAGGACUGCUGGCAGCCCAGAAAGCCACGGGGAAACCACUCACGGAGCAGAAAGUGCUGUUCCUUGGAGCAGGAGAGGCCGCCCUGGGAAUUGCCAACCUCAUUGUCAUGGCCAUGAUGGAAGGCGGUGUUUCCCACGAGGAGGCCUCCAAGAGAGUAUGGAUGUUCGACAAGCAUGGCUUGCUGGUCCAGGGCCGAGAGCAGAAGGUGGAUUCCCACCAGGAGCCAUUUACACAUCCGGCUCCGGAGCAGAUACCAAAGACAUUUGUAGAGGCAGUGAAUGUACUUCGGCCUUCAGCUAUCAUCGGAGUGGCUGGGGCAGGGCGUCUCUUCACCCAGGACGUGCUCAAAGCCAUGGCUUCCAUCAACGAGCGACCCAUCAUAUUUGCACUGAGCAACCCCACGGUGAAGGCCGAGUGCACGGCAGAGGAGGCCUACACGCUGACAGAGGGCCGGUGCCUGUUUGCCAGCGGCAGCCCCUUCGAGCUGGUCACUCUGAAGGAUGGAAGAACCUUCAAACCGGGCCAAGGAAACAACGCUUACAUCUUUCCAGGCGUGGCUCUGGCUGUGAUCCUCAGCAGCGUCCGGCACAUCAGUGAUAAGGUUUUCCUGGAGGCUGCCAAGGCAUUGGCAGAACAGUUGACAGAUGAAGAGCUUGCACAAGGAAGACUUUAUCCUCCACUGUCCAAUAUCAGGGAAGUUUCUAUUUAUAUUGCUGUCAAGGUGAUGGAGUUCCUGUACGCCAACAACAUGGCCUUCCACUACCCCGAGCCGGCCGACAAGAGCCGCUACAUCCGCUCCAAGGUCUGGACCUACGAGUACGAGUCCUUCAUGCCGGACGUGUACGACUGGCCCGAGUCCAAGGUGCACUGACAGCCCCGCGCCCGCUCCUCGGGCAGCGCCUCUACUCUGCAGGGAUCCCCUCCUCAGACCAACUGUAAUCAUGAUCUGUCACUCCUCUAAUUUAUUUGCGCUCCUUUCGUUGCCUGGUUUUUGUUUUUUCUCCCCGGUUUUUCACCUGGUUUCUCCCAAGUACCUGAUAAACUGUACGGAUGAUGGCAUCUGCCACAGGGAUGAGAGAGCCCUCCAAAAUUAAUUUAAACAAUAACAUUGCAUUUCUAGCUUAGAGCCAGCACCACACCGAAGAAUUCCAUUAAUGAUAUUUUAGCUACAUCUGUUUCAUGAUGAACUCUAGCUCUCUCAUCACUGCUGAUCUCCAGAAUGAUUUAUUUCUGCCUUUAAUAAUCAGUCUUCUAAUUGUCCUAGUGUUGUCACACUGCAUUAGCUGUGACAUCAAGGGGAGACACUUGUUGUAGAAAAAACAAAAGGGCAGUUAAAGACAACUUGGAGAGUGUGAUGGGCCUUCUGUUUUGUUUAAUGUUUAAAGAUGCCCAUGUCCAGGCAUCCUGGUGGCGUUGGCUGCUGUUUCCUUGAGGAGCAGCGAGAUGUACACGUGUGGGGUCUGCAGCAAAGUUUGCAGCUUUGUGUUCAUCACUCCGUGAAAUCUGUUCUCAGGAAAAAUGUGGGCUCGUUCAAAUUGUCCUUGGGAAGCCUGAAAGUAAUACUAAUCACUUAAUAGCUUUUUAAAACAAAGCCAUAGUGUCACAGAAUAAAUUUUAUUGGGUAGAGGUAGGACCUGAAGUAAUUUAUGGAAAUCUUUUUAGAGAUUUUACUAGGAGAUUUUAAGCAAUGGACAGCGAAAUGAUGUACCAAAGGAUCUUUACCUAAUUUUUUUAAUUUUUUCAAGAUUCUGUCUUGUCUAAGCCAGGUUGUUUUCUCCCUUGCUCUCACAAAAAGACUCACGUGUGAUGUUUUAUGACACUGCUGACUCGAGAGCUCCGAAGUGGAGUCACUUGGAACCAGCACGCCGUGGGCAGCUGCUGGGGCUGCAGCAGGGAUGUUGUCAGGCAGCUAUCCACAGGAGUCUGGCUGAAUGCUUCCUGAGGUCUCAGUCCGUGCUCUGGUCAGCGUGGGUGCUGGACCCACAGCAUGCAGUGCUGCAAGCCCCGUCCUGAUCACUCCAACUUGCUGCACUUACAGGCCUGCUUUGUCAGGUCCUGGUGUGAAAGCAGAAGCUCCCAGUGAGUUUUUCCUUGCCAGGGGUAGUGCUGCACGUUUGCUGCAGGUGCCACAGUGUACACUCCCCCAGCUGCCUUGGAGCCAGGCCAGAGGGGGACAGGCAGGGACACCCAGAGGUGGCCACAGCCCGUGGCUGCCCCGCCUGUGCUCCCUGCAGCCAGAACAGCCACCUGCCAGGAACAGAAAUAAAGACACCAGGCUGCUCCAGUUUGCUGCAGCAAGGCAGGAAAAGGGCGGGAGUAAAUAAACAGACGGAUGUGCCAGCAGUGCUGUACUGGCAGACAUCAUCCAAAGAGAUAAAGCAGAGCUUGCUCAGGAUUUACCCAUGGCAAGCACUGCUCUCCUACCCUCAAUUACACAGGAAAAUGCAGUCUCCACAGAACAGGCCAGAACAGAGCAGGGAAAAUGGUCUAAAUGCCCCCUCAGGCGCCCACAGCCUAAUCUCUGGCUCUAAAAUUGUGUUCACACAAAGAACAGUAAGCUUUGGGAAGGUGCUGCCUGUGUGGGGAAAGAAGACUGAUUAUAUAAACACAGAAAAGAGUGAUGUGGGGAAAAAAACUGUGGUGUUCAAGCUGUGGUAAAGUGUUGUGUGGUGGGGCUCGAAGUGCUUCACUGCUGAGUGCUGACAUGCACACGGGCACGAGCUUGCACUUGCAAGUGAAUGUACAAAAGACACCAACACACACAUAGGGUGUUUUUACAAAGAGUGCUUUUUUCAUCUAUUUUUGCUAUGCCUUGUUUGUACCGUAUUUAAAUUAGUGAUCUUAAUGAAAGAGAAAUUAUUUAUUCAAUGUAUGAAUUAUUUUUGCCUUCUGAAAAUCCAGCUCUAUCUGAAGCCUGUUGUAUUGUGCCAGUGGAGUUCUGCAUCACUGGAUUCCGGAGUGCUGGGAACACACGCUUCCUCCCUUCUGCCAGCAGCCAGUUAGAUGAGUAACAAAAGCACCCAAAACGCACUGAUCUCAGUCCCACAGUGACCACAGAGGCAGGGCAGCCGCUGCUGGCUCUGCCUUGGGAGGCAAGGAUCCGUGCCCGCCCCUUCAGUCUGAUUGUGUUGUUUCCAAGGAUCUCAGCUGGUGUCCGCAGCCCUUGGCAGCGCUCGGGGGAGGCCGGGCCGUGCUCCAGGCAGGAGUGAUGCCGUUCCUGUGCGGGAGCUGCUCUGAGCAGCCCUGGCCCUUCUGGCACUGCCUCCCUGCUCUCCCGGCCGCUGCCCGCACGGACUGCGUUUUCCCCGUCCUGGCAGCGGGAUUUCCCCGAGCUCUAGCGCUCCUGCACAGCAAUUCUUCUGGAAAUCCCGCUGCAGAGGUGAGGGAAAAGCAGUCCCUAGGAGAGGACUGUGCUGGAGGUGUGGCUGGCUCUGUCCCCUGCCAGCCGGAGCUGAGCCAGGCACAGCCUCCCGGGCUCUGUCGGCCGGGCUCUGAGGAUCCUCUGCAGCUUGCAGUGUGGACAGGGUGCAACAGGUAACCCGUCAGCUCACACAGUUCUGAGUCCAUUUCACUCUCUCUUUCAUCUUCUCCAGAAUUAUUUUUUUUUUCAUACUUAGGAUUUUAAGAUACAUAGAUUCAUGUUCAGUUUUCCUUCAGGUACAAUUAAUCCUUGAACUAAUUGCAACUGCUAAUCUUGCUGGCUACUAAGGAACCAGUUUCCUUUUUCAUAUUCUACAUAACAUGAUUUUUUCUGUUUGCUGGUUUAUUCAAAAUAUUUACUGGUCUUUAUCUGUACAGAAAAUUCUCUUAGACAGUAUGCAAAGGGAAACAGGUGUCACCAGGAUGCAUUUUGUCAUGUUACAUAAUGUAAGUUAAAAGAAUACAUCACCUAAAGGACCACCAGUGUAGUAGUUUGUCACACAGCCCCCGUGACUUGCCCUCCAAAUGGUUUUAUAAAAGACUGUCUUCCAUGUCUCCUUGGGGUGUGCAGAACCCUUCUGGGAGGAUCAGGAAUUUCACUGAGGUCAGUCUUUUCCAGGAUUUGUCCAAUCCUUGCUUUCUUAAAAUCAGCAGGAGCAGGACUGAGCCUCUUGGCAGCAGCCUGUAGGAGUGUUUGGGAGUAAAGAUAUCUAAUGAAGCACAGCCUUUCUUUUUAAAAUACCUGUGGUUUUGUUAAAGAUGUUGCAAAGGUUUGUGUGUUCCUGAAGCCUCUGCCAACCUGACCUGUAGGAGACAAUUAAAAUGUUGUGUCUGAUACAUUUUAAACCCCCGGUGUGACACGUGGCACAAGUUCUGGGUUACAUUUGUGGACAGUGAUGCAUCCUGAUCUGUUGUGUUCCUUUUCCAAGCUUCAAACCAAGUGACACUUUACCUGCAGAGUGGUGUGUAACAGGUUUCCUGUGGUCGGUGCGUGUCUUCCUCUUGUACUGUUGUUUCCAGCACGCUGUUUUACGGGGAUAAAGUAACUCUGUCACACUCCUCUGGUAGUACCUGCCAAGAUGAACGAUACACCUUUUAGUUUCAAUCUUUAGCAGCCCUCCGUGGUGACUGUUCCUGUGGGAGAGUGGGGAUCACUAUUGUACAGCUCCCACCCAGGUUUCAGUUCAGCUGACUCCGGCGCCGGAGGUACCGGCUGGUUUUGUUUGCUGGGGCUGGCUGCAGAGGGGCAGAGCUCCUCUGCCAUCCCGCAGAGCUGUCUGUGGCUCAGAUCAGUGUGAGAACAGCCGGGGCUGGCUGCAGAGGGGCAGAGCUGAGCUCCUCUGUGGCCCCGCAGAGCUGAGCUCCUCUGUGGCCCCGCAGAGCUGAGCUCCUCUGUGGUCCCGCAGAGCUGAGCUCCUCUGUGGCCCCGCAGAGCUGAGCUCCUCUGUGGCCCCGCAGAGCUGAGCUCCUCUGUGGCCCCGCAGAGCUGAGCUCCUCUGCCAGCCCCGCAGAGCUGAGCUCCUCUGUGGCCCCUCAGAGCUGAGCUCCUCUGUGGCCCCGCAGAGCUGAGCUCCUCUCUGGUCCCACAGAGCUGUCUGUGGCUCAGAUCAGUGUGAGAACAGCCGGGGCUGUCUCACUGCGAGUGCUUCCAGCUGGAUAAACCACCGUCAUUUCUGCUUGCGGGAUGAUCCGAGCGCUGCCCCGCUCCGUUGCAGCCACGGCUGGUUACACGGGAGGAGCAAAUCCAGAGCCAAGCUCUGCUGCACUGGCUUGGCAGCUGAAUUUGGGCAAAGCCGUUCAGCUGCUGCUGCUGAAGGCACAUCUGACCGACUCCGUGUGGACCUGCCUGCCCCGUGCGCUCCCGUGGGACUCCGGGCGAGCGCCCGGGACGAUGCAGCACGGCUUCCCCGCGCCUCCCGUUCUCCGUGGGGAUGGCAGGGCUCACCCGGGCACCGCGGCUGCAGCUGGACGGGCAGGUUCUGUCACCGUGCCCUGCUGGUGCUGCAGCAGCCCGAGCUGCCUGGUCGUGCUCCCCAGACACGAGGGGCUCAGCCAGGCUGAGCUCAGCUCUCCACGCGCCAUCGGCUUCGGCUCAUCCGUUCGUCAACCACACCCUUCCUAAUGGAAUAAAAACACUCUUAGGACUUAAGAUGGCUGCCUUGUCAACACAACAGCAAAAUAACCUGCAUUUAUUUCUGUAUUAAACAUAUCUACCUUAUGCAAAUCAAUGUGAGCCUGCUGGGGCGCUUGUGAGAACAGUUCCAGCCUGAUCUGUGCGGGGUUGGCUGUGCCUGGGAGGGUCAUUGCUCAGCUGAAACUAAAACUGUAUGUCAAAUGUGAAGUGGUUGGGGUUUCUUCCUACUUUAUAACGUUGUAACUCUAUUGAAAUGUGUGUUCUAGUCUUCUAUUUUCUUAGUAAAAUGCAUUCCCUUUGCCUAA